UCAAACUCUUAGUUCAUAAGCCACCACUCCCAUUUAUAUGCAUCUUAAAGCCAUACAAAAUAAAAUUCUCCUCAAUACAUGUAUAUACAUUCAUUCCCAUAGUUCUCUCCGAUCUUAUUAACUCCUUUGAAUUCUCUUUACCCUAAUUUCUUCAUAUAUCAAAAGCUCAAACCCUAAAAUGAAUGACUUGUUCUCUGGCUCCUUCUCCCGCAACAACGACCAAGUCUUGCCUGACCACCACCACCAUGUGAUCGAGAUGGCGGCCGCGUCAUCACCAACAGCCGAGGGCAGCGCGAACCUUGAAAAGUUCUUUCAAGAAGUUGAGCAGGUGAAAGAGGACCUGAAGGAGCUGGAGCGUCUCCAUGAGAAUCUACGUGGGAACCACGAGAAGAGCAAGACCCUUCACAGCGCGAAGGCUGUGAAGGAGCUUCGCUCACGCAUGGAUGCUGAUGUGGCACUCGCUUUAAAGAAAGCGAAGCUCGUCAAGGUCCGGCUCGAGACGCUGGACCGGUCCAAUCAGGUGAGCCGAAACUUGCCUGGUUUGGAACCUGGUUCGUCCUCGGACCGGACCAGAACGUCUGUGGUGAGCGGACUGAGGAAGAAGCUGAAGGACUCUAUGGACAGCUUCAACAGCCUCAGACAACAGAUAUCAUCGGAGUACAGGGAAACCGUGCAGCGUAGAUAUUAUACGGUCACCGGAGAGAAUCCCGAUGACAAAACCAUUGACCUCCUCAUUUCUACUGGUGAGAGUGAAACAUUCUUGCAGAAAGCGAUCGAGCAGCAAGGUAGAGCCAGCGUGAUGGACACAAUCCAAGAGAUUCAAGAGAGGCACGACACAGUCAAGGAAAUAGAGAGAAACCUAAACGAGCUUCACCAAGUGUUCUUGGACAUGGCCGUGUUGGUGCAAUCCCAGGGAGAACAAUUGGACGACAUCGAAAGCCACGUGGCACGCGCCAAUUCAUACGUGCGGGGUGGGGUCCAGCAGCUGCACGUGGCAAGGAAGCACCAAAAGAACACCCGAAAGUGGACAUGCAUAGCCAUCAUAUUGCUCAUUAUUAUCAUCUUGAUCAUAGUCCUCCCUAUAGUUCUAAGAAAAUGAUCGAUCACAUAUUCUAAUUGCUAUAUGGUGGUGGCUGCGAAGAACUUGGACUAGUUCAAACUUCAGAGAUUGUUAGUAUCUUAUAUUAGUUAAGUCAAUUCAUAUGCUGCCUAGACCAUUGCAUUAGAAAAAUAUAUACCUUGGCUUUUGUGAUUAGUUUUAUUUUUUCUUUUUUUGGGUCGCAUCAUGUGUUGAUUAAUUUAUAUUUUCCACGUACGCAUUUGUACAUGUUUGAAGAUUGAGACAUUUUGGUUUGGUUUAUAGAAGCCUAUGGACAUGUCACAUGGUGCUUGCGUGCACCGUUUAGAAUUAUUACUUUACUACCGCGAAGAGAACUCGUUGAAGCGGUUUUAUCCUAGCUAGGGAAGAGAGACGCUAGGGCAUGUUGAUGUUCAUGGUGGUACAUUCUUUUGCAAAUAUGUAUGUAAUUUAUAUGAAAUUUUAAGCAGCUAGAUAAAUGGGUGAACUACUUUUAUGUAUUGUAGGAGUUAGUUCAAUUGUUUUGCGUGUU